CACAUGCUCUUGCGGAAGCUGUGGCUCUUCCUGCUGCCGACUAAUUGCUGUAUAUAGAUGAACAUGGCAGGCCCAGAGAGACAGUCAGACUACUGUACUCUCAGGCCUUUCUCUGGAAAACCACAGAAGAGUCAGCCACAAAUAUUCUCUCCCAUUCAGUGGACACCUCUCCUCUUCCUGUUCAUGGGGCCAGGAGUCUCCGGAGAGAACUCAGCCCCAACGGUGGUGCUGGGGAUUGUGGGGGCCUCCGUGACUCUGCACCUGAACAUCUCACUGGACACAGAGAUUGAGCAUGUCACCUGGCUCAAUUCCAAAAAUGCUCUAGCUUUUGCAAAACCAAGAAAAGAUGUUAUCUUCAUGACCAAAAGCUACCAGGACCGACUAACCAUCUCUCCCUGGAGCUUAUCCCUGCACAUCAGCAAUCUGACCCUGGAGGAUGAAGGACUUUACACAGCCCAGAUAAACCGAAAGAAUUCUGAAGUUACCACCAAAGAGAAAUUCAUCCUGCACAUCUAUGAGCCGCUGCAGGAGCCGCGCGUCACCGUGAAAGCCACGGUGUCUGAGAACGCCUCCUGUGACGUCACCCUGACGUGCUCUGUGGAGGGGGCAGGGGAAAGCAUUCUGUAUAGCAGGGCCCCGAGGGAUGCCCAUGGUUCUGAGUCCUCUGGGAGCUCCACUCUCACCAUCUCCCGGAUGCCCUGUGACCCAGAUCUGGCAUACACCUGCACCGCCAGCAACCCCAUCAGCCAGAGCAGCUCCCGCCCUGUCCCUGCCCAGCAGUUCUGUACAGAUCCAGGAGCCUCCAAAGGAGGAAUAAUGGGGGAGACGAUAGUAGUCCUGGGGGAGUCAGUCACCCUGCCUCUGGCCGUCCCAGCCAGUGAGGACAAAGAGAAAGUUGUCUGGAUGUUUAACGCGUCUGUUAUCAGCAAAGAGAAGGGAUAAGCAGCAACUGCGGACCUGCUCGCUAAGUCCAAGGAGCUGGACACGGACCAGGUAUGGGUCUCCGGCCAGGACUACUCCCUGAAGAUCAGCCGGUUGCAGGUGGAGGAUGCCGGCCCCUACCGUGCCUACGUGUGCUCAGAGGCCCCCAGGGUGCCCAGCUCGAAGCACAUCACCCUGCUUGUCUACCGGAAGCUGAAGAAGCCGAAUGUCACCUGGAGCCUCAAGCUCACUAAGAACUGCAUCUGCAGGGUCACCCUGACGUGCUCGGUGGAGGACAGUGAUGACAACGUGAAGUACAUAUGGACCCCUCUGCAGAAAGGAGCUGUUGUGUCCCAAGGCGGAUCACGCCUCCAAGUCUCCUGGAGACGCGGUGAAAAGCACCCCAACUUUACAUGCACGGCCGUGAAUCCCAUCAGCAACAGCUCCUGGCACUUUCUUCCUGGGAGUAUCUGUCCAGGGCGUAAGAGAAGGAUGAAGCUUUGGAUUAUACCUCUCAUGCUGGCUCCUGUCCUUCUAUGUUUCGGGGCCUCCAGCUGGUGCAUUUGGAAGCACAAAAAAAAAUAUUCAGCCCUAGCAUUCAGUUCCAGCCAAGUUGAGGUCCCUCCUAACAUACCAGAACAUGAAAAGCUGGACACUCCCCCUAAGACUGACAGGCAACGACCUCGACCCACAUCCAACAGCAGCUCUAACAGCAGCAUAACAGCUGAGGAGAAGCCUGAGAUUCACAAGUCUGCCAACAGAAGGGAUGAGGCAUAUGACUUGGUCACUCAACGGGAACCUGGGCAUGACUCAGCCUCUGAGGAACAACCCGAGUAUGAGCUCGUCACUCUAUAUGACAGGGCACUUGAGUCUGUGGUUGAAGGGGGCACAGUGUACACACAAGUGUUCCUUAACAUGCAGGGAAAGACCCCAGCUCCACAUAGGAAUGAAUGUUCACCCACAGUGUACAGCUGUAUACAGAAAUUCCAGAGAGUGGCACCACCACCACCACAGAAUGAUCCUGAGUCUCCUAAAAUCCCUAUCUAUGAAAACUUCACCUGAAAAGGAAGCAGCUGCCACCUUUCUCUUGCAGCCCUUUAGAGCCAGGACUCCUGCAGACAGAAGAGCCUUGGAAUUUCCCUGUGUCUCAGAGCUGCUUGGAUUUGACCCCACGCCCCUUCUCCUCACCCUUUGUGGCUUCCAAAGCCUAUUAAUAGUUCAGACAUGGGCUCCUUCUUAAAGCCCACGGGCUUCAAAUGCCAUUGUGCCAUAUUUCUCCUUGUAUGCUUAUAUUGUUUCCUCCUGUCAACUCAGGCACCACUUCAAAACUCUGCUAAUGCUGGUCAAAUGCUGUUGAAGGUGACCCAGACUAACCUGGAUUGACCAUGCUUCACACCAUCUUCUAAAAAGCUGCUAAAAUGGAUCCUACAGUUAUCUUCACACAUGUGCACAAAGAUCUAUGCAAAAUGAUCUUUACUGCAGCAUUGUUUAAAAUACAAGGUUGAAAUAGUCUAAAUGUCCAUUAGUGGGAGUCCAUAUACAUGAUAAUAUAUCCAUGCAAUUAAAAAAUGUGCAGUAAAGGAUUAACUCAGCAGGUCAGGGUGUUUAUAUUUCAAAUAAAACUUUGGCCCUAACCAGGCUCCUGGGAGGUAACCUCGAAGUCUUUGGAAUAUCCUGUCUGAUAAGAAUGUCUUUGUUUACCUGGAGGCCAUGGAUCACCCUAGAUAGUCUAUGCUAACAAAGAGAGUAGCAGUUUGACCUCUGGAGGGACUGGAGGCUAAGAUCAGCCAUGUGAGUGGUCAGCCUUGUCUAUGUGACUGACCCCCAAUAAAAUCCCUGGACACCAGAUUCAGAGGCACUUGCUGGUUGGCAAUACUCCAUAUGUGUUAUCACACACCACUGCUGGGAGAGUUAAGCAAUGUCCUCAUGACUACCCUGGGAGAGAACAACCGGAAGCUUGUGCCUGAUCUCUCCUAAACCCUGCCCUAUCUGCCUUUUUCCAUUGCUCAUUUUGAUCUGUGUCCUUCCACUGUAACAACCUGUAACUGUGAAUAUAACAGUUUUUCUGAAUUCUGUAA